GCAGAUUGGCAGUUAAUCAGCAGCAAUUGUCUUCGUAUUUUGUGCAAUAACAUAUUAAUUUUAACAUCUUACCUAUUGAUAUAAUAAUAUAAUAUAUAUUAUAUCAUACCACAGCGAGUAUAAUAACGAGAGUCGAGAAGUCAUACCGUCGUCAGCAGAUUGUAAGUGACGAUUCCGUUAAAAUAUAUUAAUCGCAACUAUAUAUACCGACAGACUGUGCGUGUAUCUUCAGUAGGUAUUCCUAUAUCAAAUAUUAAUCGAAUAAUCGCAGCUGCGACUUACAAAAAAAAUAUUAUAUUUGAGUCAACCGUUAUGGAUAAACGCGAUAUGGACAACAUGACGAACGCAUCAAACCGCAAACAACCGCUGAAAACGACCGUUAGCAUGCCGAUACUUGGUCAGAGUAGUACAAAUAACGAUGAAAUCCGUCGUGACAGGCGUCAGCCAAUAAUCAAUACGGAUGAGAUGUCCGCACUUCCGGACAGCGGAGACGACGAUGAUCAACCGAGGACUCCUUUGACCAAGUCGACAAGCUGCUACGUGCAACAGACAGAUGGACAACUGAUGACCAACAAACUGUCCCGAGCCGAUGAUCAAUAAGACUUCGAAGGCAACGCAUCGAUGAUAUCGAUAAUAAAAUACAUAUGGGUAUAUUGCAACAAUACAUAAGCAACGAAAAAUAAAUAAUUAUAACAUACCUGUAGUCUGUAAAUAAUGUUUAAUGAAUAUACUGUUGUUUUUAUUUCUU